AUGACACGAGAAACAAAUCCUAACGAACCUCAUAAUCCGGCAAUACUGGGCGACAAGUCGACGACAGCUCCUCUUUAUCAGAGCUUCACGUCCGAAACCCCGCCCGUCAAUCCCAUUGUAUUCACCAAAGCGAUUCGAGAGUAUCGGCACACGCUCGCUACCGAUGCGCAUAAUCCUAAGGCAGGAAGAGCAGGGGAACUCGCGACGGAAAACGGUCAUUAUGGUUUGAUACCUACUGUAUCCAACGCUCAUAUACUACACCAAACAAAAAAGACGGCGUGUAUAGGAGACGACGCAGAUCACAGUCACGAGGGGAUUUCUACAGCCUCACAGAAAUCGCCUCGGCUUCAAUCGGCACAUACGAAGCGGUUACCAGAAGGCGAGGCUGGGGAGAAGGGUACUAAUCCGCCUAUUAAAAAGCAACGGGUUCGCCUUUCACCCCCUCGACAAAUUGAUCUAAGCAGUUUUUCGAAACCUAUCCUUCCCCCAAAGGUCGUAGACGGACUGACCUCUCCUCUCUUCUUCUCUCAUAGACAGAAACCAUUCCUCGUGCGACCACUCGGCUACACUGGGCUGGAGGCGACGACGAUGUUAAAGACAGUGCGAGAUGGCACCGAGGUGACGACUCUGAAACUAGCUCGAGGCACAGUCAAUGCGGCAAGCCCAGCAAGGUCUUCGAGUACACCGGGUAGCUGGUCAUCUAUUGAAGCAGCGACAUUGAGUCGAAGCCCUGAUACCCAAGCAUCUGUUCCGGGAUUGCAAGUACUUCAAGGUGUUGGUAUCUUAGAGUUACUUGAACAAGAUGAUCGGCCAACCUUCAUCGUUGAUAGUCUGAACCCAGUUAACAACACACCUUCCGGACCCUUUUCAAUCCUGUAUGCAAACCCUGCGCUCCAUGUGUCCGAUUCUAUACGGCAACUUGUGUAUGGAGACUUCCAGGAUAAUCAAGAUGGGAGGGCGGAGUUUGACAACUUCAGAUCAUGGAUCAAAUCAGGUGGUAACCCAACAGGAAGCCAGGAGACAUUUCUGCCAUCAUAUCACUAUGGUGGUGUUAGCUGGACUUGCUAUACACUUAGAAACCGUUUCCGUUUUGUCAGUGCUAACACGACUGCUGCAUCAAUCGGCCGUGCUUCGCCCGAGCCACUUUUAGAACGCGAUGCCAGCUUCGAAUCACGAAGCCGAGGCUUGACCCCGAUUGCUCAGCCCCAAACCCCUAGCGAUGUUGCCAUCCAAGAUCGCGAUUAUUUCGGUGACGUUGGUGACAUGGGAACUGAUAGCCAAGUCCAACAGGGUGUGGAUAACGACGUAGGAGAGCCGAUGGUAAUCCACCGAUCUCAUGAUUUUAUCCCCGCAGCUCUUGUGUCAUUACCUCAGCCAUCGUUCGACUGGACUAGGAUCCCCUUAACCCCUGAUUUACCACAUCAUAUUCAUUUUGCCCGCACUCGAGAUUGGGCGUCCACGUCACUUGGCCCCAUGGAAGAAUGGUCGUCAGAGUUGCGGACUAUCUCUAACUUGGUAAUGGGGAGCCCCCACCCCGCGGCGCUAUAUUGGGGUCGAGACUUCACGGUGAUCUAUAAUGAGGCGUAUGUCGCCGUGGCUGGACGUAAGCAUCCCGAGUUAAUGGGCUCGAGAUACCAAGAUUUAUGGUCCGAAAUCUGGCACGAAAUUCAACCGGUAUUCGAAAGUGCCUGGGAAUCUGGCCAGGCGACGAUGAAGAAUGACGAUCGUAUGUUCCUGCGGCGUGCUGGCUUCAACGAAGAGACGUACUUCUCCUGGUCGAUCGUGCCUUUGGUAGGAGAGGAUGGAAAUGUCGUUGGUCUCUAUAACCCCGCGUUUGAGAACACGAGGAGAAAGAUAGCCGAGAGAAUGAUGCUCACUCUCCGUGAAGUUGGUGAAAAGACAGCCAUCGCUCGAGAUGUCAAAAGCUUUUGGAGUCAAGUAAACAAGGGUCUCGAGUAUAAUGAAGACGAUGUCCCGUUCAAUCUAGUUUACUCUGUUGUGGAAGAUCAGGAAAGUGAUAUUUGUUCGAUGCAUUCAGGUAGUUGGAUGAACCCACCACAACUCAACUUGGAAGCGUCCCUUGGUGUUCCUCCCGAGCACCCAUGCCUGGUCGGAUCUCUGGACCUGAAGACGAGCAACGAGGGUUUUGCACCCUAUAUGCGAGAAUCCAUGUCGAACCAUGGCCGACCGGUAACCCUAUCAUCAGAGCAAGGGACUUUACCUGAGGGGCUCAUGGAUGGGUUUCAUUUGCGAGGUGGUGGCGAGCCAUGCCGCUCGAUUGUCAUAUUUCCCGUCCACCCAACUACUGGCAGCGAGAGCGUUGUCGGUUUCAUUGUCAUGGGCAUUAAUCCCCGACGACCAUAUGACGAGGACUACCAGCUCUUUAUCAACCUGCUAUCGAGACAGCUAGCAACCUCUCUAGCUUCGGUUGUAUUAUUUGAAGAGGAAAUACGGCGAGGUCAGCGAGCAGCUCAGAUGGCGUUACGAGACCGUCAAGAGCUUACGGAACAAUUACACAUUCGCACACGGGAAGUUGAGGAAAGCGAACUUAAAUUCACACGCAUGGCCGAGUUUGCCCCUGUAGGCAUGUUCAUAGCCGACCAGUAUGGGCGCAUUACCUAUUCUAACGACAUGUGGUGGGACAUAUCAAGACACAAUAGGUCUGAAAGUGUCAACAGCUGGAUGCAGAGCGUCAAAGAUGAGGACCGCCCAGCCCUUGAAGCUGUGUGGCGGCAACUUGUCUCUGAAAAAGUGGCCAUUACCCACGAAUUCAGGUUCAAGUGUGCUCGCCACGAAGGAGGUGUCAUCAUCGACACAUGGGUGCUAAUGAGUGCCUAUCCUGAAAAGGACAUCGAAGGUGGAAUUAAGGGAAUUUUUGGGUGCAUUACGAAUAUAUCACAGCAAAAAUUGGCCGAACAAAUCCAGAUGCACCGGCGAGAAGAGGCUGUCGAGCUCAAGCGCCAGCAGGAAAACUUCAUUGAUAUCACAAGUCACGAGAUGCGCAACCCUCUUAGCGCAAUCCUUCAGUGCGCGGACGAGAUAUCAGGCACGCUGAGCACAUACAGCUUGCUGAAGGACGAGGCUUCAAAAAGUGAGAAUCUAAAGCUUGCUCUAGCCGGUUGUCUGGAGGCGGCAAAUACUAUCAGCUUAUGUGCAAGUCACCAGAAACGUAUCGUUGAUGAUAUUUUAACGUUAUCUAAGUUGGAUUCCCAGCUCCUGCUUGUUACUCCUGUUGAUGUGCAGCCGAUGGCAGUGGUGCAACGGGUGCUCAAAAUGUUUGAAGGGGAAUUAAAUACCAAUGGUAUUGAGAUGAAGUUUCAGGUCAAAAACCGGUAUAUUGACAUGGGUAUCGAUUGGGUGAAACUGGAUCCAUCUCGGCUUCUUCAAGUCUUGAUCAAUUUGAUGACCAACGCAAUCAAGUUCACGCAGUCCCACCCUAAACGAUCCAUUGUUGUAACUCUCGAUGCAUCCACUGAUAUCUCGGACAUUACAGAUUCUGGGGUUGCCUACUUCCAGAGUGAUCGAUCGGAUCAGGACGACCUUACAAACCAACGGGACUGGGGUACUGGUGAAAAGAUCAACCUGCUCUUCUCGGUUCAGGAUACGGGCAGGGGCCUGGAUGAGCAUGAGAGAAAAUUACUCUUCCAGCGCUUCUCACAGGCAACGCCUCGAACCCACGUCCAGUACGGAGGAUCUGGACUGGGUCUUUUCAUCUCCAGAAUACUUACAGAACUGCAAGGUGGUCAAAUUGGUGUUACCUCCCAGAAGGGUGUUGGCAGCACGUUCUCUUUCUAUAUCAAAAGUCGCAAGACGGAGGCUCCGCCGACGGAAAGUAAAGUACUUCCCUCUGCUCCUCCUCUUACGCGCGCCCCUGGCUCCUCUACUACGAUCGAAACUCGGCAACCGAAGGCUAGCGCUCGAGAUCUCCUUAGUGGUUCCGCAAAGGCCUCGUUCCCAGAACCACGAUUCUCCGAAGAUGGCCGACGAUUAUUUGAUGUUCUCAUUGUAGAAGAUAACUUGGUCAAUCAGAAAGUGUUGCAGAGAUCCCUCCGUAAUGUUGGCAACAACACUAAGGUAGCGAAUCACGGAGGAGAGGCUCUCGAGAUUUUGAAAGGAUCGCGCUACUGGCAAGGCAAUGAGUCCGCUGGAGAUGAUAUCUCGAUCAUUUUAAUGGACCUAGAGAUGCCCGUUAUGGAUGGUAUUACAUGUGCGCGCAAAAUUCGCGAGCUGGAGCGAGAUGGUACCAUUACUAGCCAUAUUCCCAUCAUUGCGGUCACGGCAUAUGCACGGCCGGAGCAGAUUGAGAAUGCAAAGGCCGCGGGAGUGGACGACGUUAUUUCGAAACCGUUUCGAAUACCCGAACUAAUUCCCCGAAUAGAGCAGUUGGUCGAGGCACACGCAAAUUACGCCGAAACCACUGCCGCUUAA